AUGGCGAAGGUAGUAGACACAACAUAUUACGAUGCCCUUGGAGUACCCACGAAUGCCUCGGAGUUGGAAAUAAAGAAGGCGUAUCGCAAGCUUGCCAUCACCACCCAUCCAGACAAGAACCCUGGCGACGAGUCAGCACACGCUCGCUUCCAAGCCAUCGGUGAAGCAUAUCAAGUCCUGUCGAACAAGGAAUUACGAUCACAGUAUGACAGAUUCGGCAAGGAGAAAGCUAUGCCGAGUGCUGGCUUUGAGGACCCAGCCGAGUUCUUCAGCAUGAUAUUUGGGGGCGAUGCUUUUGUUGAUCUGAUCGGCGAGAUUUCCUUGAUGAAAGACUUGACCCAUACUAUGGAUAUUACCAUGGAACAGAUGCAGGAAGAAGAACUAGCUGCCCAGGCAGACGAGAAGUUGAAGGUACACGAUGACAAGGAAAAAGAAGCCAGGGCAAACUCCACUACACCAUCAACUGCACAACCUCCACCACCAUACGCUUCCGAUGCUACUGCCGAAGCUUCUACAGCUGCACCAUCAAGUACGCCCCCUCAUCUACCACCACGGCCCACAGGGGGUAGAACUCCCGAACAAGCCAGCUCUGGAACCAGUACACCCCGAAGAUACCAUGGCCAACAAGCCAUAAUGGACAAAUCUGAGGAAGAUGCUCGUAUGGAUGCCGCUGGAUUGACAGCCGAAGAGAAAGAACUCCGAAAGAAGGAGAAGAAGAAGGGCGGUCUGACCAAAGAACAGCGGGAGCGUUUGGAUGCGUAUGAAAAAGAACGAAGGAGGAUCCGAGACGAGCGAGUCGACACUUUGGCCAAAAAAUUGAUUGACCGUAUCAGUGUGUGGACAGAGACGGACAAAGGGCCAGAUGUGACGAAAGCGUUCGAGGAGAAGACUAGGCUCGAAGUCGAGAACUUGAAAAUGGAAUCCUUUGGUCUUGAGAUUCUUCACGCAAUUGGUACCACUUAUAUACAAAAGGCAAGCUCUUUCCUCAAGUCGCAGAAAUUCCUUGGCAUAUCUGGCUUCUUUAGCAGACUCAAGGAUAAGACCACGCUUGCCAAAGAAACCUGGAACACCAUUUCCACCGCCAUUGAUGCACAGUUGACCAUGGAAGAAAUGGCCAAAAUGGAAGAGAAAGGGGGCGAGGACUGGACAGAUGAGAAAAAGGCCGAGUACGAGAAGCGAGUCACCGGAAAGAUCCUUGCUGCAGCAUGGAAGGGAAGUAAAUAUGAAAUCCAAGGCGUAUUGAGAGACGUUUGCGACAAGAUCUUGAAUGAUAAGACGGUAAAAGUGGAGAAGAGGGCUGAAAGGGCACAUGCUUUGAUACUGAGCGGGACAAUUUAUCAGAAGGCUGAACGUGACCCGGAUGAAGAAGGCGACUACAUGGCUUUUGAGCAGCUCAUGGCGGAAGCGGCCAAGAAGCAAGAAAAGAAGAAGGAAGCGUCAAGCGACAAGAAAAAGGACAAAGACCAUGCGGGCCAUCACCACCAUUCGCAUAAUCCAUUUGCGUCAGCAAAACCGCCCGAGGACAUGUCAGAAGCGGAAGCCAAGGAAAGGGCGCAUCUGGCGGGCCACGAUGCAGAGGCAAAGCGCUAG